CCUCCACUCUCUCCCCCUCACUCCCCUCUUUGAUAUGCUCCUUUUGCUUUUUUGGGGACGUUUGGGAUCUCUCCACGCUUCACUACCCAUCGCUGCAUCCCACUGCUGAUUCUGCAUUUGGCACCUCACAGCAUUGCGCCUUAUCUCUGAGUGCUCAUUGAUCAUUCCCUUAUUCCAUCUGACAUACGGCAUUUCGAUUUCACAGCAGUGCAUCAAUUUCAGAGCGAUGCAACAAACCUCCCACGUCCCUUGGCGGCUGUCGUCCGCACAAGGCUCUGAGUAUCCUAAGCAGCAGUUUAGUCUCUCCCACACCAUGUCCAUGGUGAACCUACAUGAGGAACCGACCUGGUAUGCGAACCGAGGGCCAUCAUCCCCCACGGCGUCCUCGGUUUCGUCAACUACAAGUCGGAGUAUAACCCCAACCACUUCAAACAACCCAUGGUCGAACCUCAUGGCAAGUCCAGGUUCGACUAAUUCUGUGAGUUCGGUCAAUUCAGCCAGCUCUUCGCCCAGAGAUAGUCCCAAUCGUACCCCGCAAUAUACAAGUCGAUCUACAACGCCUACGCCAAUAGCACCACAGCCGCUACGACCUAUAAACCCCGCUGCCGGCUUCAUUCCAAUGUCUCCAACCACUUCAUCUUCGGCAGGUGAUAGCUUCCGAGGGGAUUUUCCAGGUUCUCCCGUAUCCAAUUUUCCUGGAUCCCCGAAUCCGUACCGUCAAACUGGAACUGUAUUUCAACAAAGCGCACCUGCAUUUCAGCCCUUGGUGAAUGGUUUCAUCAAUACAUCAGUUCUCUCGCAGGGUCAGUCUCUGUCUGGUUGGUUUUACGAGACAUCUCGCAGACAGGGAUGGGACCCGGCUCUGGUUAAGAAGGUAUGGCAGUGGACAUUGUCUAAUCCCAGACUGGCAUUGCUCUUGGUCGUCUGUGAUGAUAUAUCUUCGUGGCGUCAGGCAGCAUUCUUUGACCUCCGAGAUGAAAGCCUCCCCUUCCCCGAGGAUCGUCUUCAGGGUAUUGUUACGAAUCCACAGAAAGUUGUUGAAGAGCAAUGGCGAGCGACAUCAAAAGAACUCCCGCUCAAAGGUGGACAUGUAGAUUUCACCAACCGUGAGACAGUGCCGCUGAAGCAUGUUAGCCUAGUCAGGACAUCUCGCAGCUCCGAUAAGAGUACCGAUCUCGUCCGGGUAUUAGGAGAAGACGGUGAUCGAGUCCUUGUUCGCAAGAGAUUUGUCCUGACUCGACCCUCGCAGAAGAUUGCUCUUCUGAAACAGAUCAGUGACUAUAAGCAGUUUGAUCACAAAAAUAUUGGAAAACUACUUUGCUCUUACGCUCAACCGAGCCACAUUGGAGUUCUUACUGUUCAAUCACAGUACUCAUUGGAUGACUACCUCUCUGUACCUCAAGGCGAUCCAAAUCGCUCCAAACUCUUGGUGGAUUGGAUGCACGAUCUGUCGGGGGCUCUUGAAUAUCUACACACCCAACAAGUACCUGUCUAUCAUCGCAAUAUCCGACCUCGUAAGAUUUUGAUCGACGGUUCCCGAAUUUACCUCGCGCCCUUCGGUAUUGGAUCGAACGGUGAAACGUUCAGUCCAACAGCCAUCAAUCGCCAACGCCUGGACCAACUCAAUUCCUAUUUCCAAGACCAAGCUUUCGUCUAUGCUGCUCCCGAAGCCAUCGUAUCCCAUGGGAAGCGACCAGCUGAUGUAUUCUCCCUCGGCUGCGUUUUUCUCUCCAUGAUGACCGUUGCCCUGAAUCAGUCGCUCUCUAUUUUCACGCAAUAUAGGGCAGGGUCAUCCCAGGAUGCGUCGUUCCAUGCUCAUCUGGAUCGUGUCGGCAGCUGGCGCAAUCGUUUGUUCGCAACAGUCACCUCUGGUCUUCGUAGCGGACUGCUUGGCCAGGGGCGAAAAGUACGCCAACUCAAGGCGGAAUCUAAUUGGCUUCAAAUCAUCGAGAAAAUGAUUACUGCGAAGCCUAAGGAACGCAUCAAGAUGGCGGAAUUGGUGUCUAUACUUGCACAAUUGGGCGAUGGAAAGGUCGUGGGCGGUCGACGAAGAAGUCUCGACGGUGGCGGCGUCAGUGGUCAAAUGGCCGCAAGCCUGCGAAACGGGAACGUUUCAAGCAAUCUGAACGGCAUGAACGGCACACAUGGCACGAACGGCACGUCCGGGAGCAGUCCAGACCGAAAACCCGAGUUGAGUGUGUUCGAUGGCUAUUUCCAGCAGCAACAACGUCGGUAUGACGGUUUCGAUCAACAGGGUUCGGCGUGGUAGAUUGGCGCAGAACCAAAUCUACGCGGAACGUCAGUCCACCGGAACCAUCCGAUCCGAAUCAGAUUGAAACAUGACAGUUGGCCAGAGGGGGGGGGAUGGAUAAGUCCCCGCAGACUCGACUUACGAAACAUAACUCAUGGGAAACAUACGCCACGAAUAAUGCAGCAACAGUGCCUCGUUUCGUUUCACUUUUUCU